AUGAAUAAAAGAUUUCGAUGUGGUCGCUUAGUAUCAACUAGAGAUGGUAAAGUAAAAAAACUUGAUCUUGAAGAUGGUGGUGGUACUCGUGUUUGUAAUUGGGAUUUUAUCGAUAUGAAUUUUGAUCAUGUUCUGCAUCGUUUACAGCAUAUUUAUCGAUUGGAUGAAAAGGACUGUAAAACUUCACUAUAUGAUUUUCACCGACAUCCACUGAAUACCAAUGAGUAUAAUACAUUUUUGGAAUAUAUCGAUCAGCAUGGUCUCAACAGCAAUAGUACCGUUAUUUAUCUUUGUACAUCUCAAGCUGAUGAUAACGAUAAUCCAACCACAAUCUUAUCGAAAAACAAAAGCACAUCAGAAAUUAGAACAACAUCAUCAACACAACAAAAACUAUGUACUAUAACAAAACCGACACCUCCACUAACAUUAACUGAAAACAAAGACGUCGAUAAAGAUAAAGGAAAAUCUUAUCAAGAAAAAAAUACACGAACUUCGUCCGCAUAUUCAUUUAAAAAAUUGAGUAAUGAUCUAGUUAACAAUAUGCGUACUUUAAUUGGUCAAAUUAAUUUCGAUGAAAUUUUAAUACAAUUAUUUGAAUAUAUUUGUAUCAUCAAUGGUUAUGUUUGUUCAAUUAUUUAUCCAUUACAACAAAAUCUACAACGCUUCAAUACAUCUGUUAAAUUAGUCAACCAAUCUGAAAUGAAAUUGUAUUCAGAUAGUUUAAAUGAUGUUUCAAAAAUUUUUCAAUCUGUAGAAACAUUAAUUAACUUGAACAAGACAAAAUUUCAUCAUAUAGAACAAUUUUCAAUGAUUGUUACUUCAUUUGCUGAAUUUCAUUAUAACUUAAAGAUUUUAUACAAACAAUGGUUUGAAUAUGUUGAGAAACAUAACAGAUCGGAAGCACCCUCACCUAUGUUAAUGUCUUCCACUGAAUUAGUGCCAUCAAUAGUUACUGAUGCGAUCAAUCAAGUUUUAUCUGAAGAUCAUCAUGAUAUAAAUGUUGAAAAUUCUGAACGACAAUCUUCGUCAACUCAACAACCACUUUUUAGGGAAAAAAAUGAAAAAUUUGUUUUAUUUCGACCAUUAUUCAGUCUUCUCACAUACCUCUUAAAGUCACUGUACGGUAAAAAUUUACAAUCGUAUUAUGAAAUGGUAGAAUCAUCAAUUUACGAAAUAAAAUCGGUAAGAUCAAAUAUAAAUUUAUUUAAUUGUGAUUCAAUACUUCAUGCAAAACAAUGCAUGUUAUUGAUAAAAGAUAAAUAUACGCAAAAAUUUGAUGAAAUUGAUUUGAAUCAAUCUACACACGAUAGACAAACAAAUUUCACAAGCAUAUGA